GGCGCGCGCCCGCCCGCCGCCUGCCGCGGAUCGCGUGGUCUGCUCGGCUCGCCGCGCCUCUCCCCCGUCCGUCCAUAUUGCAGUAUCCCCCGAGCCGGGAAGCUCGGGCCGUCCCGGCGGCGGGGGGGAGGGAGGGACGGGAGGAGAAGCCUGCCAGGCUCCGGGUGGGGUUGCCUUCCUAGAAACGGGCGGGGGGGGACGCGCGCCAAGGAGGCCUGGACCGCAGAGUGGGGGGCCUUCCUCCCCCCCCCCGCCCCGCCAGCGGGCCUCGGAUCUACAGCGCCUGCAUCCGACCGGGAGGGAGGCCGCGCCUAGCGUGAACCCCGACCCUUAGCAGGGACUGGGUCCCAGCGCCCCGGAGGAAGGCGUCGCGGGCGCUCUGAGAGCCAAGUUCGAGGCGGGGGAGGCCGCCUCUGUCGCGCCCGGCUUCUCCGGGGGGGCGGGCGCGCAGAUGGCCACUCAGGUGGAGCCGCUGCUGCCGGGAGGCGCCCCGCUCUUGCAGGCCGAAGAGCACGGGCUGAUGAGGAAGAAGCCGCCGCCGCCUGAGGGCAAGGGCGAAUCCGGGGCGAACGACAUCGGAGGGGGGGAGCAGGUCAACAGUGGCCGCAGACUUCGGCCGCCUUGCGCCAAGCCACACAAGGAGGGCACCGGGCAGCUGGAGCGCGAGAGCCCGCGGCCUCCUCAGCCGCCCAGCUGCGAGGGCCUGGCCUUCAGCGACGGGGAGGAGGGCGGUGAGCCGGGCGCUGCCGGAGGAGUGGCCGGAGCCGCGGGCGCCGGGCGCCGGGACUUCGUGGAGGCCCCUCCGCCCAAGGUGAACCCGUGGACUAAGAACACGCUGCCGCCGGUCCUAGCCGCUGUGAACGGACAGUCCCCUCCAGAACCUUCUGCUCCAGCCAAGGUGGUGAGGGCAGCAGUUCCUAAACAGCGCAAAGGCAGCAAGGUUGGUGACUUUGGAGAUGCAAUCAACUGGCCCACACCUGGAGAGAUAGCCCAUAAGAGUGUGCAGGCUGACGGUCUAGGUCCCUCCCUGGUUGUGGCCACCAGCCUCCAGUUGGCAGAUAGGCCACAGUCCUACAAGUCUCAGCCUGCCCGUAAGCUGCCACCCAAAAAGGACAUGAAGGAGCAGGAGAAAGGAGAGGGGAGUGAUAGUAAGGAGAGCCCGAAAACCAAAUCGGAUGAAUCAGGGGAGGAGAAGAAUGGGGAUGAGGACUGCCAGCGAGGGGUUCAGAAGAAGAAAGGGAAUAAACACAAGUGGGUCCCAUUGCAAAUAGACAUGAAGCCUGAGGUGUCCAGAGAGAAACUGGUCUCACGCCCUGUCCGCCCGCCAGAGCCACGACACACACCUGCCAGCCGCGGGGACAUCAAAGGGUCCGAGCCUGCCCCCUAUGUGCCUGUGCCUGUGGCUCCCCCUGCCCCAGCCUGGCAACCAGAAACCAAACCGGAGCCUGCCUGGCACGACCAGGAUGAGACGUCGAGCGUGAAGAGUGAUGGGGCUGGUGGGGCGCGGGCUUCCUUCCGUGGCCGUGGACGGGGGCGCGGUCGUGGCCGGGGACGCGGCCGGGGUGGCGCUCGAACCCAUUUUGACUACCAGUUCAGCUACCGAAAAUUCGAUGGUACAGAGGGGCCUCGAACCCACAAGUACAUGAACAACAUCACCUACUACUUUGACAAUGUCAGCAGCACUGAGCUUUACAGUGUGGACCAGGAGCUGCUCAAAGACUAUAUCAAGCGCCAGAUUGAAUACUACUUCAGCGUGGACAAUUUACAGCGAGACUUCUUCCUGCGACGGAAAAUGGAUGCUGACGGUUUCCUUCCCAUCACUCUUAUUGCUUCCUUCCACCGAGUGCAGGCCCUUACCACUGACAUUUCACUCAUCUUUGCGGCCCUAAAAGACAGCAAGGUGGUGGAGAUUGUUGAUGAGAAAGUUCGCAGGAGGGAGGAGCCAGAGAAAUGGCCUCUUCCCGGUCCCCCAAUAGUGGACUAUUCCCAGACCGAUUUCUCCCAGCUUCUCAACUGCCCCGAGUUUGUGCCCCGCCAGCACUACCAGAAGGAGACGGAGUCGGCACCUGGCUCUCCUCGUGCAGUCACCCCAGUGCCAACCAAAACAGAGGAGGUCAGCAACCUAAAGACACUACCCAAGGGCCUGUCUGCCAGCCUGCCUGACCUGGAUUCUGAGAACUGGAUUGAAGUGAAGAAGAGGCCUCGGCCCUCCCCAGCGCGACUCAAGAAGUCAGAGGAGCCCAGGUUCCUCCACCAGACCUCUCUGCCUCAGCAGCUGCCGUCUCAGCAGCUGGUGUCCAAGGAUCAGGAUGAGCAAGAGGAACUGGACUUCCUGUUUGACGAGGAGAUGGAGCAGAUGGACGGACGGAAGAACACCUUCACCGCCUGGUCUGAUGAAGACUCUGAUUAUGAGAUUGACGACCGGGAUGUCAACAAGAUCCUCAUUGUCACUCAGACUCCACCUUACAUGCGCCGGCACCCAGGGGGGGACCGCACAGGCAACCACACCUCCCGGGCCAAGAUGAGUGCUGAGCUGGCCAAGGUCAUUAACGAUGGGCUCUUCUACUACGAGCAGGACCUGUGGACUGCGAAGUUUGAGCCUGAGUACUCCCAGAUCAAGCAAGAAGUCGAGAACUUCAAGAAAGUCAACAUGAUCAGCCGGGAGCAGUUUGACACACUAACCCCUGAGCCGCCUGUGGAUCCCAACCAGGAGGUCCCUCCAGGGCCACCCCGAUUCCAGCAAGUUCCCACCGACGCCCUGGCCAACAAGUUGUUUGGUGCUCCUGAGCCCUCUGCUAUUGCCCGCUCUCUACCAACCACUGUCCCAGAGUCGCCAAACUACCGCAACGCCAGGACCCCUCGCACUCCCCGGACACCACAGCUCAAAGACUCAAGCCAGACUUCACGGUUUUACCCAGUGGUGAAGGAAGGACGGACACUAGAUGCCAAGAUGCCUCGGAAAAGGAAGACAAGACACAGCUCCAACCCACCCUUGGAGAGUCAUGUGGGGUGGGUGAUGGAUUCCCGAGAGCACAGGCCCCGGACUGCUUCUAUCAGCUCCAGCCCUUCAGAGGGGACACCUAUGGUUGGCAGCUAUGGUUGUACCCCUCAGUCGCUGCCCAAGUUCCAGCAUCCUUCCCAUGAGCUUCUCAAGGAAAAUGGCUUCACGCAACACGUCUACCACAAGUAUCGUAGGCGCUGCCUUAACGAGCGGAAACGCUUGGGCAUCGGCCAGUCUCAGGAGAUGAAUACUCUCUUCCGGUUUUGGUCCUUCUUCCUCCGGGACCACUUCAACAAAAAGAUGUAUGAGGAGUUCAAGCAGCUGGCUCUGGAGGAUGCCAAAGAAGGCUACAGAUACGGUUUGGAGUGCCUUUUUAGAUACUACAGUUAUGGCCUAGAAAAGAAGUUCCGGCUGGACAUAUUCAAGGAUUUUCAGGAGGAAACGGUGAAGGACUAUGAAGCCGGGCAACUCUAUGGGCUGGAGAAAUUCUGGGCCUUCUUGAAAUAUUCCAAAGCCAAAAAUUUGGACAUAGACCCCAAACUUCAAGAAUACCUCGGCAAAUUCCGACGUCUUGAAGACUUCCGAGUGGAUCCCCCCAUGGGUGAAGAGGGCAACCACAAGCGACACCCAGUGGCAGCAGGAGGUGGCGGUGGCGAGGGCAGGAAGCGGUGCCCCUCCCAGUCUUCCAGCAGGCCCGCCACCGUGGUCAGCCAACCCCCCACACCACCCACCGGCCAGCCCAUCCGGGAAGAUGCCAAAUGGACAAGCCAGCACUCAGACACACAGACUUUGGGAAAGUGAAAAACCCUGUAGCCCUGGGGGGUUUUGUGGGGGGAUGGGAGUGGGCAGGACUCCAUGGGGAUGCCCAGUCCCAGGAGAGGGGACAGAGAAGGAACAGGCCUGGAUUCGUUAGCAUGGGCCUUCGUGCUGAGUGGCGGUGUGUCCACCGUUCGGGCUGUCAGAGGUCCCUGGGCAGGAGCCUCCACACGUCCCCUCCCCCUCCUCUUCAUGCCUCUUCUUCGCAUCCUAGCUUCUUCUAAGGGGGGAGGGACGGGGGAGAUUUUAUAUAUAUAUAUAUACAUAUAUAUAUACAUAUAUAUAUCAAGUUUUAAAUUAUUGAUAGUUCAUUUGGAUUACCAAACUCACUCUAGCCCUGCCCAUGGCUGAUAGGCCGCCACCCUGGUCCCUGCCCCACAGCCUCCUGCUCCCUCUCAAGCCGACUAUGCAGCCCACAUGAAGGCCCCGUGGGCACCAUUGUCCAGCACUGGCCCACGGAAGGCUCUGGCAGCGCCCCUGGGCCCCACGAGCACUGGCCCCCGUGUCAUCUGGGCCUUUCCAUCGCGUGUUCUCUACCUGCUGUCCCCACCAUGCCCUUCUGCCAUCUUCCGGGAGAAGGAAACCAAAGGAUGUAAAAGUGGAGGGGGGGUUUCAGCAUCCCCCCACUCCUCUCUCCCCAUGCCCCAUAC